CGCGAGGGUGGUCCGGCCGGCCUCCGGGACAUGAAGCCCCCUGGACUCCGAGCUUGCACCCCCUGCGACUGCCCGCCAUGAAGGCGCUCCUCCGCGUGCUCUGGCUCGCUCUGGCCUGCGGCUCUGCUCACACCACCCUGUCAAAGUCAGACGCCAAAAAGGCUGCCUCCAAGACCCUGCAGGAGAAGACUCAGUUUGCAGAGAAGCCUGUCCAGGACCGGGGGCUGGUGGUGACGGACCCCCGAGCCGAGGACGUGGUUCUGGAGCAUCGCAGCUACUGCUCGGCCAAGGCCCGGGAGCGGCACUUCGCUGGGGACGUCCUGGGCUACGUCACUCCGUGGAACAGCCACGGCUACGACGUCACCAAGGUCUUUGGGGCCAAGUUCACGCUGAUCUCACCCGUGUGGCUGCAGCUGAAGAGGCAUGGCCGCGAGUUGUUCGAGGUCACGGGCCUCCACGACGUGGACCAAGGGUGGAUGCGUGCGAUCCGGAAGCAGGCCAAGGGCCUCCGUAUAGUGCCUCGGCUCCUGUUUGAGGACUGGACGCACAAGGACUUCCAGAGCGUGUGGGACAGCGAGGACGAGAUCGAGGAGCUCAGCAGGACCCUGCUCCUGGUCGCCAAGAGCCAGCAUUUCGAUGGCUUCGUGGUGGAGGUGUGGAGCCAGCUGCUGAGCCAGAAGCACGUGGGCCUCAUCCACCUGCUCACCCACAUCGCCGAGGCGCUGCACCAGGCCCGGCUGCUGAUCAUCCUGGUCAUCCCUCCGGCUGUCACCCCUGGGACCGACCAGCUGGGCAUGUUCACAAACAAGGAGUUGGAGCAACUGGGCCCUGUGCUGGACGGCUUCAGCCUCAUGACCUACGACUACCCCUCCCCGCAGCAGCCUGGCCCCAAUGCUCCGCUGUCCUGGGUGCGAGCCUGUGUCCAGGUCCUGGACCCCAAGUCCAAGUGGCGGAGCAAGAUCCUCCUGGGGCUCAACUUCUACGGCAUGGACUACUCGGCCGCCAGGGACUCCCGCGAGCCGGUCAUCGGGGCCAGGUACAUCCAGACCCUGAAGGAGCACAGGCCCCGGAUCGAGUGGGACAGCCAGGCCGCGGAGCACUUCUUCGAGUACAAGAGAAGCCGAGGAGGCAGGCACAUCAUCUUCUACCCGACUCUGAAGUCCGUGCAGAUGCGGCUGGAGCUGGCCAGGGAGCUGGGCGUCGGACUGUCCAUCUGGGAGCUGGGCCAGGGCCUGGACUACUUCUACGACCUGCUCUAGGCCCAGCUCUGGGCAGACCUUUCUCAGCAAUGGACUCACGGACAUGGGAAAUACAGACUGUUCUCUGCCUUCCUGGCCAUGUCUAUUGCAGUCCUUGGGUGGGGCCCCCUCCUCGCAGUGCCGUAAGGAGAGACAGCCCUGGCCGGGGCUCCGGCUGCUCCAUGCGGCCAGUGGUUCCAACGGGUCUGGAGGCCUCAGAAUGACCCAGCUCCCAGACCCGGACUCCUGGCAGGGGCGGCCCCACCACGUCACCCUGGGCCUCACACUGCCAACAAGCCACCAAGUCCCCCACGCCAAGGGUGUCAGGCCACUGCCGAAACCCGCUCGGAGACGCCAGGCGUGGGCCUCACUGGCAGAAGGACCCCGGAGCCCGCUGGUGCCGGCAGCUCUGGUCACUGUGGAAUGACAGCGCCCUGGCCAGUCCCGGCACCUGCAGGACAGCCGCUCUCCCCGGAUCGAACACUGGGGGGCCCUCGGAUUGAGGCGCUGGAGGAUAGCUGUCCCCUCGUUGGGAGCUGGGCACGGGGCGGGCACUGCAGGUUAGAGGGAUAGCUUUGCUGUGUGACUGUUCUCACCUCACUUCCGGGCAUCUGCUGCUGGUGUGUAAGAAAGUUCGUGUUAACUGUC